GUCACUUUAUAGAGCGAAGUGUCCUGUGAUAUGCGGACACUUUAUGUUGGAAGCACCAGGAUUUAAGAUUCAAGAUAUUCAACAUUCGUCUUUGAUACUUCUAGGAAUAUAUUUGGACGAUGGCAUUUUCUUUUCGUGUGUUGAUGAUUUCGGCUUUAAUAAUUGGCUUAUGUUCAUCUGAUGAUAUAGUACCUGAGAAGACUGGUGUCGUUCAACAAUCUGCAGAAUCUCAGAAUGUUGAAUCAAUCUCUGUUGAACCAACCUCUCCACCUGUUGAAGCAACUUCUCCACCUGUUGAACCCACCUCUCCACCUGUUGAACCAACCUCUCCACCUGUUGAUUCAACGUCUCCACCUGUUGAAGCAACCUCUCCACCUGUUGAACCAACCUCUCCACCUGUUGAACCAACCUCUCCACCUGUUGAAGAAACUUCUCCACCUGUUGAACCCACCUCUCCACCUGUUGAAGCAACCUCUCCACCUGUUGAUUCAACCUCUCCACCUGUUGAACCAACUUCUCCACCUGUUGAACCAACUUCUCCACCUGUUGAAGCAACCUCUCCACCUGUUGAACCAACCUCUCCACCUGUUGAAGAAACUUCUCCACCUGUUGAACCCACCUCUCCACCUGUUGAAGCAACCUCUCCACCUGUUGAUUCAACCUCUCCACCUGUUGAAGCAACCUCUCCACCUGUUGAACCAACCUCUCCACCUGUUGAAGCAACCUCUCCACCUGUUGAACCAACCUCUCCACCUGUUGAACCAACUUCUCCACCUGUUGAAGCAACCUCUCCACCUGUUGAACCAACCUCUCCACCUGUUGAACCAACUUCUCCACCUGUUGAACCCACCUCUCCACCUGUUGAAGCAACCUCUCCACCUGUUGAACCAACCUCUCCACCUGUUGAACCAACUUCUCCACCUGUUGAAGCAACCUCUCCACCUGUUGAACCCACCUCUCCACCUGUUGAACCAACCUCUCCACCUGUUGAAGCAACUUCUCCACCUGUUGAACCCACCUCUCCACCUGUUGAAGCAACCUCUCCACCUGUUGAACCCACCUCUCCACCUGUUGAAGCAACUUCUCCACCUGUUGAACCAACCUCUCCACCUGUUGAACCAACUCCUACACCUGUUGAACCAACCUCUCCACCUGUUGAAGCAACCUCUCCACCUGUUGAAGCAACCUCUCCACCUGUUGAACCAACCUCUCCACCUGUUGAUUCAACCUCUCCACCUGUUGAAGCAACCUCUCCACCUGUUGAACCAACUUCUCCACCUGUUGAACCAACUUCUCCACCUGUUGAAGCAACCUCUCCACCUGUUGAACCAACUUCUCCACCUGUUGAAGCAACUUCUCCACCUGUUGAAGCAACUUCUCCACCUGUUGAAGCAACCUCCCCACCUGUUGACGCAACCUCUCCACCUGUUGAAGCAACCUCCCCACCUGUUGAAGCAACCUCCCCACCUGUUGACGCAACUUCUCCCCCUGUUGAACCAACUUCUCCCCCUGUUGAACCAACGUCUCCACCUGUUGAAGCAACCUCCCCACCUGUUGAACCAACCUCUCCACCUGUUGAAGCAACCUCCCCACCUGUUGAAGCAACCUCCCCACCUGUUGACGCAACCUCUCCAACUGUUGAAGCAACCUCCCCACCUGUUGAAGCAACCUCCCCACCUGUUGACACAACCUCCCCACCUGUUGAAGCAACCUCCCCACCUGUUGAUGCAACCUCCCCACCUGUUGACGCAACCUCCCCACCUGUUGACGCAACCUCCCCACCUGUUGACGCAACUUCUCCACCUGUUGAUCCAACCUCUCCACCUGUUGAAGCAACCUCUCCCCCAGUUGAACCAACUUCUCCACCUGUUGAAGCAACCUCCCCACCUGUUGAAGCAACCUCCCCACCUGUUGACGCAACCUCUCCACCUGUUGAAGCAACCUCUCCACCUAUUAAUCCAUCCUCUCCACCUGUUGAAGCAACUUCUCCACCUGGUUCAGUAACUUCUGGCCCUGUUAAUCCAACAUCUCUACCUGUUGAAGCAACUUCUCCACCUGGUUCAGUAACUUCUGGCCCUGUUAAUCCAACCUCUCCACCUGUUGAACAAACCUCUCUACCUGGUUCAGUGACAUCUGGCCCUGUUAAACCGACCUCGCCAUCUGUUUCAGUAACAACACCUUCUAUACCACCUAGGACAUGUCACAAUGGUGGUACUUUUGAUGGAACAAUCUGCAUAUGUCCCCUUGGGUUUUCUGGUGAUGCAUGUGAAACGGCUGUUCCAGUUAUUCCAGAUGCAUUUAAUCGGACAGUGAACAUUAACGUGGUCUUCCGGAAAGAGUACCUUGAAGCGUUUGACGACUCAUCAUCAAAUGAAUACAAAGAAUUUGUAAAAUUUUUUCUGGAUAAGAUGAGACCAGUAUACAAAGAGGUUCCGCAUUUCAAAGAUGUUAUUGUGACCAGAUUAAGCCGUGAAGAUCCUGAUUCAACGUUUGAUCUCGCUGCAGAGGAGAUAAGAAAAGUCAAAGCAGAGGUGUUCCACUUGAAAGAAAGCACAAGCAAUGUAAAUGUCGCACAUGAAGUGGUUCUGGAAGUUGAAAACGGCAACCAUGAAACACAAUAUGAUGAGGGCUAUAAAGAGAUUGGAAAAACACUUAAUAAUCUGAAAGAUUCUGAUAAUAUCACAAAUUUCAGAACGGCCGAAGAAGAAGUAGACAAGGAUGGUUUUUGUAGGAAAGCAAUGCCGGACUCGGAUGUAGCUCCAUACUUCAGUCUUUAUGAAUUAAAAAAUCGCACAAUCGUCUGUAGAAGCAGAUGUGACAAAGAGCAUGACGAAUCUAUAACCUGCCAUAAUGGGGGGACCUGCAACAUCUACAAAGUUUUGGGAGAGAUCUGCAUAUGUGAAAAUGUGAACAACACCUGGUACUUGGGAGAACGUUGUGACCUUCCCAUACAGAAAGUUGCGUUUUAUGCAGGGCUUAGUGUGACCCUUGCUGUCCUGUUAGUUGCUGUGGCAACCCUGGUUGCAUAUGCUGUUGUCAACAAACGCAAACACACAAAAAAGAAAGACAUAAAGCAGAAAUUGGUGAACCAGUGGUUGGAUGAUGACUUUGAGUGGUCCAGAGCUGCAAGUUCACUAGACAAACAAGGAACAAAAAACAGAUCAGUUAUGUACGGGAACCAGCAGAUGCCUUUCACAUCUGGCAGCAAUCAGUCCAACCCGUCACAACGCAAGUUUUCACUGCCGCAGAACCUGCACAGAUACGACUUGUCCUUUCCUAAUCCUGGAUAUGACAAGGCUCCCAUGUCACCCUCACCCUACAUGGAUUCCCAGUUCAAUCUGCCGAUGAGGAUUCUCAGGCCAGAGAUUCGGGGAUCCUGGGAUGUCUAGGCUCAGCAAUGAUCCAUGAAGAAACUCCUUCUUGUUUCUGUUUACCUGCAAAAUUAGAAAGAUCUGAAUGUUUUGUUAUUUAUGUGUCUCUGUGGAGGUUUAGAUGCUUUUAGAUGUUUCUUCUAUAAGCUCUUGCUUAGAGUUAAAUCUUUGUCAUUGUUGAAAAUAUGACAGAUAUUUAAGCUCCCAUACCUGAAAUCCUAGGUUUUUGUACCCUGGCAAAGGAAAUCUCACCCAAAACAAAUUGUUACUACACAAACUGGAACAUGUUUGACUAAUCAGCCAGAGUAUUGCUAACAAAGCCUUUGAGCAAAGCAAGCAGUUGAUCAGACAAAAGCAACAAAUCACUGAAGAUCUUGGAACUUGUCUAAUAACACACAAUAUCACAAAUCCUGUGACAUUGUGUGGAUCAACCCAACUGCAUUGUAAAAUACCAGUUUAUGAAAAACAUCUUGAACUGAAUACUCUCUUCACUUAUUUUCCAUUUCUUGAGUCAGAAUAAGGAGAACAUUUAAGAUUGUAAUUUUUAGUUAAUGUCAGGAAAAGCACUCUACUAAGUAUUAUUUCAUAGGAUGAGAAUGAAUAAAGUCCUAAUGAUGAUGCACAUUUUACUGUCAGUGCUUUCAAAGCAGUUUGUUAUAAUCCAGCUGUGCUUUAUGUUGUAUAUUAAACUGUAAAUGUGCCCUUAUUUAAUGAGCCAAGUUCACUCAGAAUCAGUGUUGACGUGUUGGACCCACACCAGAGUGCUGGGACUGUCCUCCAUACAAUUUAGCUGUUAACCCUCCGCAGGAUCCUGGGUUUGUACUUUAGUCCUCAGUUAUUCUUUAUUUUGUUUAGCUCAGCCUUUGACCUGUUUUACUUUAGUUCGACCUGUUCUUUGGUUAUUUUACCCAGAUCGUGUUAUUAAUUUAUUGUGUUUAGUUAUUCUUCGUCUCACUUAGAUUCAUAUUUUUAAGCUCCUCUGUUUGUGUUUUCCUCCUCGGUGCCGUUUCCCUCGCAGCUGCAGUCAGUCAGUAAUGAGUCCAUUUUUUCACCAAACUCUUUCAAUAUUUAACCAGUGCAUUGUAAAAUAUCAGGACUUGUUCACGCAAGUCCUGGUACUUCUCCUAGGAUUUGUUCACACACAGCCAGAUUUGUGAUGAACUCAACAGACUUUUAUGCGAUUUGACCUUGUAUUAACGUGUAACUUACAUUUAAUAUAACAAAAACUGUGAAUAAUAAAACCUCCAGUCAAAGUGAA